UUAUGUUUUUGUGGUACCGGAGUAAUGUUGUGUCCUAGCUUCUGUUUAGUCAACGUGAAGUGAAUUACCUCUUCUUUCUUCAGAUUGAAGACGGAUACAUGAGGAUCCUAGAGACCAUUGCACUGACUUCAUUUUCUUGGACAAGACGCAGUGUGGGGCCCCAGUGCCCUGUGUUGGCCCCGGGACGCAUUUGAUAGAAAAUUUAGGACCAUGAAUCUCGAGAGUGAUGGAGGGACAUCUGAGAGCAUCUUUGACCUGGACUACGCGUCGUGGAAGAUUCGCUCAACACUGGCUGUCGCAGGCUUUGUCUUUUACCUGGGCGUCUUUGUGGUCUGCCACCAGCUGUCGUCCUCCCUGAACGCCACCUACCGCUCUCUGAUGGCCAAAGAGAAGGUCUUCUGGAACCUGGCGGCCACUCGCGCCGUCUUUGGUGUUCAGAGCACGACUGCGGGUCUGUGGGCGUUGCUGGUGGACCCUGUACUUCAAGCUGAUAAAGCGCGUGGCCAGCAGAACUGGUGCUGGUUUCACGUGGCAACGGCAACUGGAUUCUUCUUCUUUGAAAAUGUAGCCGUUCACCUGUCCAACUUGUUCUUCCGGACCUUCGACUUGUUCUUAGUUGUCCACCACCUCUUUGCCUUCCUUGGAUUUCUUGGCUCAGUGGUCAAUCUCGAAGCUGGCCACUAUCUAGCCAUGACCACGUUGCUCCUGGAGAUGAGCACCCCCUUCACCUGCAUUUCCUGGAUGCUCUUGAAGGCUGGCUGGUCCGACUCUGUGCUCUGGAAGCUGAACCAGUGGCUGAUGAUCCACAUGUUCCACUGCCGCAUGGUUCUGACCUACCACAUGUGGUGGGUGUGCUUCUGGUACUGGGACAGCCUGCUCAGCAGCCUCUCCCUGCCUCACUUCACCCUCUUCCUCGUUGGACUGAGCCUCCUCACACUAGUACUUAAUCCGUAUUGGACCCAUAAGAAGACGCAGCAGCUUCUCAAUCCAGUGGAUUGGAACUUUGCACAGCCGGAACCCAAGAGCAGGGCCAAUGGCCAGGUCCUCCAGAAGAAGGCGCGGUAG